AUGUGCCACGUGGCAAAGAAGCGAGGUUUUGUUGAUGGAGACGAGGGAAAGGGGAAAAACGGAAAGGGGGGGAAGGGGAAAAAAAGAGAGAAGGGGAAGGGGAAAAGUGGAAAUGAGGGAAAGGUGAUAAGAGGAGGCGAGGGAAAGGGGAGAAGAGGAGAUGGGGAGAAGAGGAACGAAGCAGAUGAAAGGAAGGGGGGUGAGGGGCAGGGCCAGGCAGGUGGUGCGGGCGAUGGGAGAAAAGCGAGUGAAGGAUUAGUGGGUGCGGAAGUCGAGGGCGCCGAUGAGACGAGGCUGCACAGCCGGCGGAGGAGGAGGGGGAGGCCGCGGAAAGUGGGGCCUGGGCUAGAUGCUGCCAUCCCGUCUGCCGGUGCUGGCAGGGAAGCGAUUGGGCGUGCUGGUGGCAGCGACGGCAGUGCUGUGUGGAGCGAUGGCGGUGUGAGGGAGCAGCAGCAGGAUGAGAUGGGUGGUGCUUCCGAGUUGGAGGAGUUCCAAGACCUCUACUCCUCCCACCUCGCGCACAUCGCGCCGCCCUUCGCCUCGCACCGGGCCACGAGGGACAACGCCAUGGCGCUGCUCGCCCUGCAUCCCUCACCCCACACCGUCGCUGCCAUCUUCCGCGCCUGCUCCUCGCUCUUCCUCGUGCCCCUCACCCACCGCAUUCGGGCAGCUCUUGAGAUCUUUUCUGCCCACGGGCUGCCCGAGUCGCUGUUUCUGAGUGUUAUCCGGCGGGUGCCCGAGCUGAUUCUGGAUGCCCGGCUGGAUGACGUCAGCAGCAACGGCAGCAACAGCAGAACCAUUAGCAGCAGCAGCAGCAGCAGCAGCAGCAGCAGCAGCAUUAGCAGAACGAGCAGCAGUAGCAGCAAUGACAGCAGCAACAAGAGCAGUGACAGCCAUGAGAUCGACUCCAUUCCAGAGCAACAACACAGUUCGACUCACCGGCAGCAACCGCUGCUUGACCCAGAGCAGCAGCAGCAGCAACACACACUUGUACCUCUCUCUCACACCCACAGCCCUCCUACCAGCCCCGCUCACUCUCACCUCCCCUCCACCGAUCUCCCCCAUCUACAGCAGGUGUUGCACUUCCUCUUCCUGCACCUCCCUCCCCCCACCGUCGCCAAGCUGCUGCACUCUGCUGCCUGUCGUGUCUUCUGCACGCCCCUGCCCUCGCUCCUGCUGCACCUCUCUGCAAUGCACUCUAUUCUCGCCCCCCCUCACUCGCUUCUCUUCCGCUACCCCCUCGCCCUCCGCUUCUCCCCUGAAAUACUUAAACAGAGACUUUCCCGAUUGGCUGAAAUUGUGCCGCUGACAGAAGCGCAGGAGGGGUUGGGAGGUGAAAAGGAAAGUGGGGGAGAAGGAGAGGGGAAGGCAAAAUGGAGCGUACGGGGAAGGGUGAGGUUUGACUCUGCCUCGCUUCUUCCAGUCCCUCCUCUCGAUCCUUCCCUUUCAUUUGCAGCGGAUCCAGCGGUGCUCUCCCUCGUGCGCAAGCAGCCGCACAUCCUCCACGCCAGAAGGGAAACCAUGCAGGAGGUGGUAACCACACUCACCACUCUCUUUGGCCAACAAGGCACCUCCUACGUGCUCUCCCGUCACCCAGCCCUGCUCACCGUGUCCCCUCGGACAAUAGAAGAUGCCAUGUUUGGACUUAUCGACAUUUUUGGUGAGGAAGUCACCCUAGAUAUGAUCCAGCGCGAGCCGGGAAUAAUACAGGUCCGGCACAGCACACUCCGGCCGAAGAUUGAUUUCGUUCUCGGGGAGAUGAUGCGCAGCAAGGAGGACAUCAGGGUGUGGCCGAACGUGCUGCUGCGCAGCCUGCCGCGCAUGCUGGUGCCGCGGUACUUCCUGGUGACAAGGAAGGACCGCCAUGCCGCCAGGGUGCUGUCUCUGCCGUGCCUCUUCAGCCACUCUGAUGCUCGGUUCAGGCGGAGAUGGGAGGUCAGUGAUGCGGACUGGAGCAAGGCACUUAUGGUGGGGGAAGUGUGGGAAGCCAGGAGGAAGGAGGGUGUGCUGGGUGGUGCAAAUCAGUGA